AGCUAUUGCUCACUUCCUCUUUCCUCAGGAGUUGCAUUUUGUUUUGCUGGUUGGAGACAAGACGACAGUUCAGCAUACCAAGACCUGGUAAGCAUUGCCUGCCUGACUUAUGUAUACAAACAUAGUUUACCAGAGCAAUGAAAGACAGCCAGAUUAUUGUAUGUAUAUUGUUGGACUGCUUUCUAUUAUUGCUAUUUUAUGAUUGCUAUUUUAUGAUUGUUAAAUUACAUCUUGUUCUAUCAGUGAUAUAUGCUUCCUGAGGUUGCAUUCCUUUAACAGGGAUCUAUGUUAUAUGCCAUUUUAAAACGGCAUAUAACAUAGCUGAAGAUCUAUACAAUUAGAAAAUGAUGCAGAAUGGUGCAGUGAGAGAGGCUUGCUAUGGAUUUCAGAAGGGGGUGGAUUACACCUAUAAUUCAUUGGCAUGCAAGUAGGUUUUCUGAAUGCGACUAAUUUGACUAAGCUCUUGGCUUCCUCUUACAUCUUGUGGCUUCAAUUUGCACAGGUUAAUUAUGCAUUGCAUAAGAAAAGUUCUUCCUAUAAUUAUAAUUCUGUUGACAUUUAAUUUCUCCAUGUGUCUCUUGUUCCAACAAAGGAAAAAGUAAAUGCUGCUCUAUUCAUUCCCACCCCCUUUAAAGGUCCUUCCGCAAAUAACAGCAACUUCUACUAGGUGUUAUUUGGAUACAUUAAUAAAGACCUUCAAAGGCAGAGCCUGUCACAAACCUCAUGCAAGGAAAAAACAAGGUGAUUUGCAUUUCUAAAUUUCCUAGAAGGUGCUGGCUCCAUCACCUCAGCCAAAAUACAUAUUAAAGACCAAUCUAAAUAAGAAUUGUGGAGAAAGUCUCCUGCUAAAGACCUGCGAGAUGGUUAGUGCAAAGAGCUUUAAUUCUCCAACUGUAAAUUAGGAAAGAGGUGGCACUUUGCUAGAUCUUGGCCAAAAAAUUACAGAGACUGCUGUAACAUUUCCAACAAAUAUAUUGUAUGAAUAGUACAUACGCUGACGGUUACACAUUAUUAACAAUAAUAUCAUUUGAGAUUCUGGAACAGUUGCUUGAGUUAAGUGACAGAACCUUCCAUACGCAGAGGAUUUUAAAAACAAAAAACAUUUACUCAAAGUAUGUAGUACUUUGGUGUUCACAGAAAGUAUAACUUCUGUUUCUCUCUCUUAGUUGUGAAUAUAUCUAGGCCCCGCCACACAAAUGCUAUCUUUCCUUUUACACUGGCUCAGUUCCUACAUGAACUCUAGAACUCAAGAUCCAGCAAUAGUAUGAAACUUGUGUAUGACAUAAUGAAAAAGUCUUAAAGACUUUAAAAAUGUCCAGGGGUCACAAUAAAGCUCUUUGAGAAAUUAACAUAUAUUAACUUCCCAUUUAUUAAAGCUGGGGCUCACCCAGUGGGAAUUGAUGUACUCAGGAUUUUCCUGUACAUGUUUGUUGUAUUUAUGACACAGCCAGAUUUACCUUCCAUUAUUCUUUAAAAAAUGAUUUUCCUAUAUUUUAAAAAAGUAAUAUUUAAUACAUAUAGUUAAAUCAACUAUGAUAAAAUUAUAAUAAUUAAAAAGAAGGCAAAACUAAGUACAGGUGUGUGUAUGCAAGUGGUAGCUUGAGGGUCAUUAUUUCUAGGAACCAUCUCUUCAAGCCAUUUAGGGCCAAACUAUGUGAGAUUACAGAGCUCUCACAUGUUCAAAGGGAUUUAACCUCUUUUACUAAGAUCUUACAAUAUGGAGAUUACACAUGUUCAAAGGGACUUUACCCCUCAGGCUCAUAUAUACUCUUUUUAACCUGGGAUGGGGAAGCUGUGCUUGACUACAACUCCCAUUAUAUCUGAGCAUUAGCCUAGCUGGCUGGGACUGAUGGGACAUGGAAUCCAAAGACAUCUGAAGGGCCACAGCCAGUUCCCCAUCUGUCUUAAACAGACAAUCUGAAUUAAACACAUUUUGAGCAAUGACAAUUUCCAUUACCAGUUCCCAAUAAAAAAUGACCUUGCAGCACACUGUAAAUGCAUCCAAGAAAGCCACGCAGAGCUAUCCUGUUGUUGCUUAUACUUUCCCCGGGCUGCGUUAAUUUACAAAAUACUAGUCACAUGCUUAGUUGCAAGACAGAAGAUUGAUGAGACGUGACUGCUGUUUGAUAAAGGAUGACUCAACAAGUAUGUUACCCAUGUGCUAGGAGAAUGCACACUCUCUAUAUGUGAUAAAGGCGGUGGCAAGGCCUGGGAGCAUUGCAGAGAAAGAAAUAACUUCUAAGAAUGCAGCACUGCUUGGUGGAAGCAGCAGCAGGAGCAACCACCCUAUAGAAAUGAAGUAUAAAGCAAGUUCAGGGAGGCAAAGUAACCAACACAAAGAUGUAACAAUGAAAGAAACUAAAAUUGUGCAGAGUUGGGUAAGAAUGCGGGGUGGGAAAAGAGGGGAUUCAUGGGUGAGAAUUUCUGUGCCAGCUCUUUCAUUUUGUGCUUUCAGUUACUACAAAUCUGCAAUUAUUUUAUCAUACUAUUCUGAACUAUAGCCAGCGCCAUUAGGAACAUGCCUGAAUGAAGAGAAUCCAAGAGACAUUUUCUGCAGAGAGUAUAUGGGAUUAUAGUAGAAUUCUUCUGCGGUCUGGUUUGGUUCUGUUUUACUAAUGUAGGGGUGUGGGGACUUGUGGGCCCCCAGAUGUUGCUGAAUUACAUCUACCAUCACAUUUCCCAAUCAGCCAUGCUAGAUGAAGCCAAUGGGAGUUGGAAGUUAAACCCCAUCUGGUGGGCCACAGAUUCCCCACUCCUGUGCUAAAGUCAUUCCUUUGGGGGGAUGGAAGCAGGCACCUCUCUAUCUUAUUAAAAUAAUGUAAUUGUACAACAUUUCCCUUUCACAUCCUUUUGCUGCCUCUAGCUACACUGCAUAUGUCACACCAACAAGAGCUCUCUGCCUACCUCAAAGAGAAGCACUAUCCUGUGUUCACCGCAUUGGGUAUGUUCUGUGAGAUUAUCAGUGGGAACUCAUGCUGCCUUCCUAAAGUGCAAAGGAGGUGUGAAUUAAAUUACUGUCACUGCAGAGCUGUUAACAACACGAGCAUCUGUACUAUUAAAAUUAGAACUGUACAAAUGGAAGCUCACAACAAAAUGCUCCCAUUCAAAGUUCUAAGCAGCUUGAAGAAGAAAAGAGUAUUGUAGUGUUGUGUGCGGAUCAGGUAGCUGGGGUCAGAUAGCAGCGGAGCUUUCAGAAUAGAGAGCAAGGAAAACAGACAGAUUUUUUUUCCUGUCGUGCAUGCAUGAAACCUUUUAAUAUUGCCAUGUGAUUAAAGAAUUUGCAUACAGGGUUGGCUUCCAGGCCUGAGUGUUGUUGUUGACAUCCAUCUGUCUUGGGAGACAAUGAAGUGCGCCUUGGGAGUAGAGUGAAACCGUUUGAGAGUUACAGCACCUGCUGUGGUUGUAGAGACUGAUAAGGGAGAAGCUGCUGGCAGAUGAAGGCAUCCGAUUGUGCUGAUGCAGGUGUACCAUGGCGUUUCUUCUUUCUGUGCUCCUCCCAGCAGCGGUCAUUCCUCCUCUGGCCAUUGCUGUGGAUGCAUGACGUAACUGUCUCAGGCACUGCAAGGGAUUCCCACACAGUGGGGUUAAUGUCGCCAGUCACGUUUGCAGAUGUCUUCAUAAGAGAGUUGGUCUGCCAACAGGCCUUGUGCCUGAAGCCAGCUCCCCAUAGAGCACGUCCUGGGGGAUCCUGCCAUCUUCUAUUCUGUAAAUAUGACCAAGCCAGUGCAGGCGUCACUGAGACAGGAGUGUGAAUAUGCUGGGAAUGUGGGCUUGAUCAUAUUCACUUGUUUGAGACUCUGUCCUGCCAUGCAAUGCCCAAAAUCUUCCUGAUGUAGUGCAUGUGGAAGGCAUCGAGAUGUUGCUCCUGGUGAGUGUAAUUUGCCCAUGACUUACUACCAUAAAGCAGGGUACUCAACAUGCAAGCCUGGCAAACCUUUGUCUUGGUAAUGGUAGAUCUGGGCAAAAACAUUUUGUACAGCAUGUUUUGAAUGUCAAGUUAAUUCAAAUUCUAAGUAAUAAUAGCAAAAUCCAAUAGAUAAUACAGGUGCCUUCUGAACUGGCUCAAACUGGUCUGGGCUACAGCCUAAUGUUCAUGUAACAGGAAAGACUGGCUUGCAUCUGCUCAGUAUUACAGAUGAGUGCAAAAUUCUGAUUUGUAUGGUACUUGUGUAAUAUUCUCACUUUAUGUUAUGAAGGUACAUGUAAAGCAUCAAUGGUUUACAUCUAAGAAGCAUAAUGUGUGACGAAAACUUCAAAAGGAUCUGGAAGUAAAGUGUCAAGAAAAUGAAUUAGAUCUAUUAAUUAGGGUUUCAACAGGAAAGCAUUUAACAGCUAAUCUGGCCACAGUUCAACAUUCACCACUCAGAAAAAACAAAAUGCCUGUGUAGUGGAAAUGUUGUGACCACAGGGAGCAGUUAUGUAAGUGGUAACUCCUCUACCACCUGCUGCCCAAAACGUUGAGGAUAUGUACACCCUACAGAGGCGCUGACCCACAGAGGAUAAUCCUGCUGGGAAGGAUAAAUGGAAAGGUGAGGUUUAUCUGAAAUUUGUAUGUACUGGUGUCCAGUAAUCUAAGCCACAUAUGAAGAAAGUCACACAAAUGCACUUGCACAUUUAGUUUCCUUGGGUGUUAAAGAGCUGUUCAGGGGAUAUGUGGUAUCUUCAAAAUAAAAUUGUUAGAAGGAUUUAAGAGAGUCUUGACCAAUGUCACAGACACUACGUUUUCAUUUAUUCCCAGAAAUGAAAAGUGCUUGCUAACUAGUGAGCAAAUGCGGCUUUUGCCACCAGAAAAACAGUGCCAAACAAAAGCAAUUCUGUUCACAAAUUGAGGAACAGAUGGGCUUACAGUGAUUAGUUGUAACCUUGUGUUUGUGCUAUGGGGUGCAGCAGGGCGCUAUUCUGUCUCCAAUGCUAUUUAACAUCUAUGUGAUGCUGUUGGGAGCUAUCAUUAGGGGAUUUGGAGUGAGGUGUCAUCACUAUGCUGAUGACAUUCAGCUCUAUUUCUCUGUAACAUCUGAAUCAGGAGAGGCUGUGCAAGACCUGGAUCAGCGCAUAGGUGGGCUGGAUGAGGACCCAUAAACUAAGCUUGAAACUUGGCAAGACUCAGACAAAGAACAUUUCCCAGGUCUCAGAGACCGACCAGUUACUUUUUCUGAAUCAACUUGUACUCCCUCUAAAGGAGCAAGUUUGUAUUCAGGAGGUGCUCCUAGAUCCUAUCACUGGAGGCUAGAAGCACCUUUUACUAGCGUUAGCUGGUAAGAAAGACAGCUGAUGAGACAAUUUUUUAGUUUGUCUUGAAUCUUCCAGCGUUUAGCUUCCUUUAAUGGUCCUGAGUUUUAGGAUCAUGGGAGAGGAAGAAAAACUUCCUCUUAUACAAUUAUGCAUGUUGUGGAGAAAAUGGAUAUCUCUCUUCCCACCUUAAUCAAAAUACACCACAAUCCUAACCAUGUUUACUCAGAAGUAAGCCAUACUGAAUUAAGUGGGGAUUAUGUCCAGAUAAAUGAAGUUAGGAGUGCUUUUAAACAUGUGUAGGUUGUUUCCCCCACACCACUAGGUAGAACCACCAAAUCCAAUUCCAAUGAAUUUGAAGGGAUGUGACCUUAAAUAAAGUCACAGAGCUUCUCCUUUCAGGUAGGUAGCUGUGUUGGUCUGACACAGUCCUUCUAUCUAUCUAUCUAUCUAUCUAUCUAUAUAUUGUCCAGUAGCACCUUAGAGACCAACUAAGUUUGUUCUUGGUAUAAGCUUUCGUGUGCUUGCACACUUCUCCAGAUACCUAAAUGUGCAUGUGCACGAAAGCUUAUACCAAGAACAAACUUAGUUGGUCUCUAAGGUGCUAUUGGACAAUUAUUUAUUUAUAUAUAUAUUUCGAGAGCUUGUGAAAUACUCGCAUCUUCGUAAAGCCUGCAAACGGCAGCAGACCUAUACUUGAAAACGACGCUUGCGUGUGUGUGUGUUACCAGUUACCAGCGAAGCAGCAGCUGCCUUGUUUCCUCCCGCCGCACCUGCGAAGAAUUUACAAAGGCAACGACCACAGCCUCGUUGUCACCUUACAGAAAGCGGGCGGAAGCACGUCGGCGCGCGGCCUGCCGGUGGUGCCCAAGGGCGUGUCCGCCAGGGAAGACCGUUCUCCUGAGGCCACAACAAGGCUCGUCGCAGGUGGAGGGAGAAGACUCACACCGAGGAGCGGUGGGCAGGGCAGGGCAGGGCCUGGUCCACAUAACGGGGGCGCAUGCGCGGCUCGGGCAAGUCAUCUGUUGCAUUCGCGACGGGGGCGGGGCGGGGUCACCUGCGCCCUGGUCGUUCCCACUUAGCAGAGCUGGUGGCUCAGGUAACGGAGGACGGGGCCAUUUCUGGCCCAGGGGUUGUGCGUGGCGGUAACCGGGCGGGCUUUCCUCCUCGAAUUAAAGCAGAGGCGCCAGCCGUGGCCAGGAGGUGGGAAGGUGUGUGUGUGUGGGGGGGUCCUUUGCCCCUGCCCAGCAGGGAGAGCAACUCCUCUUCGGCUGCUUCCCAGCCACUUCCUGCUCUCUUAAAGUGUGUGUGAGUUGUGUCCAAGGUGUGUGGUUUUUGUGUGUGUGUCUCCCCGGCACCCACCUAAGCCUCCCUCCCGGCUCCUCUUCCCGGCCCCUUCGACUUCAGGCAAGUCCCCUCCGCCCUCUCUUCACCUGGCUUCCAUUUUCUCUUUAUUAUCAAGUGGAGGCGACUUCCCUGGUGAAUUGUGCGUCUCUGAAACAACUUACUCGCACUCUUUCGCCACCUGUAGUUCUAAUCUCGAAUGGGCCCGUUAUUUUAUGGCCACGUUUUGUUUUACAACUGUUUUUUUAAUGGCUUCAGAGGCCCCGAGUCUAUAACAGCUGUAUGAGUUGGCAGAAAUCCAGCCGCUUUCCUGGUGCAGGUGGGUGGGUGGGGAGAAGCUGCCCAGUUAAAUUUCAGCAGGUUCUGUGGGUGCUAAAGCACAGGCCCUCCCCUGCCAGGGGGAAGGGGAGGGUGGCAGCCCUAAACUCCUGGGGACGAGGGAGGGGCAAUUUUAGACCCUUCAUCCCUACUUUUCGUAGGGUAGACGCCCACAGUUUCUUAAUAUAUCAGAAGUUAAGUUGGGCUGUGAUCUAAUUUCUGAGCCUCUCCCAAGCACCUGCACUGGGCAGGCUAUUGCUGGUUGACAUUUGUUGAUAAAUAAAAUACCUUAUUCUGUUGAGGGAAGUUUGGGCAGGCUUGAUAAUUGCUGAGAUGAUGUGUAAUUAUCAACCGCUAGUGAUAGAUCUGGGAUGGCUCUCUUCUGCCCUCUGCAGGUCGUAGACUGUCCUGAAAUUAUUUUUGUUGCAGGCAAAUCAGAAUUUCAGAAACAGAAGGGCCUUCAUUGUCCUAUGUUACCUCUCUUGUGGAGCUGUGAUUUGGUGGGUAAAAUAAGUGCUGCUUUCUGAUUCAUUCCCUUGAAAUUAAAUUAAUGUGUGGGAUGACAGGAUGCGAACAAGUUUCAUCUCUAAACCAGUGUUUCCCAAACUUGGGUCUCCAGCUGGUUUUGGACUACAACUCCCAUCAUCCCUAGCUGCCAGGACAAGUGGUCAGGGAUGAUGGGUACUGUAGCCCCAAAACAGCUGGAGACCCAAGUUUGGGAGACACUGAUCUAAACAGAUAAUCCACCCGUCAACUUGCCUGUUAACCAUGAACUGCAUCUGUUUUGGAAUGAGGCCUAACAUCAUAGAACUUUGUAAAGAACAUAUUGGAUGUCUUCAUUUGGAUGGUUUCUUGUUUACACUGUAAAAUUACAACUGUGAAAACUUAAGUUCCUUCAUAAGAAUGUAAAAUCUGAUUUUACAUCAGAUUUUGCUUUGCCACUUGCUGUGAGCUCUUAAAUAAUUUUCUAUUUGCAUUCAUCUUUAGAUGAUUUGCCGGUACAUGCACAACUUCAUGAUGGCUGGUUGUCACCUACAAUUUAAAAGACUAUUCAGUUGUUUAUAGCAGCUGGAUGGGGCUGAACCAGUUUCCUUCAUGCUUAAAGCGUGAAAUUAUGAAUAUGUCUAAAACAGUUUAAGGUAUUGGAUAGCUUUGAUACUUGGCUUUGCCCUGCAAAACCUCUGGAACAGGUCUUCCCUUUUGGGGCUGAUUGGCAGUUUUGAGAGUGUGCCGUGGGCAUCACCCCACCUGCUUGUCACAGUUCUCUAGGUCACUGCUUCACCCCAGCAAUUGAAGCAUAAACACUGGGGUGCUUUGCUUUCUCAUGUGGUUUGGAUCAAGGUUGGAUCCGGUUGAAUUAAAACUUACUCUCUUGAAAUUUUUUACAUGCAGAGAUUUUUUUACAUGCAGUCCUCCAGAACUACUAUAAAAUUAACACUUGUGUUGAGCGACUACAUUCCACAGUAAAAAUCACAAAUCUGGUGCCUGCCAGUGCGAACCGCAAAAGCAUACUUGAGGACCUUUAUUAUUUUUACAUAGUAUAUGGACACAGAGGUGACCUAUUAUUUGGUGGUGGUGAAUUUCAGUCUCUGCUUCUCUCCACCCCUGUGUGAUAUAUAUGAAUGAGAGAGAAUGAUAGGGGAGAUUCUAUGGGGGCAUUUUUUUGUGUCAUAGCUGAGCUAGAAAAUGACAGAUCUGUGGUGUUUACAGUUCCAUCCUGCUGCAGGCUUUUCCCAAUUCAGUCCUUUCAUACUAAUUCCUUCAUGACUUGGGCCUUGAUGGUAUCGAACAUAGAGGUAGGACUAUAGUGACAAAGUACAUACUGGCAAUAAAAGCUUAUGUUUUGAUUGUUCCAUUGAACUGUUUCAAAGCUAUUUAAGUAAUGGAGAAUAGUUGUUAUUAAUAUAGAUUUUGCUUCAGCCAUUCUUUUCUGACUUUUGUUGCUCUAUAUAUUAUCUAUAUAUAUAAUGCUUUCCUGCCUGCUGUAACUUGCCCUAUGAUUUUGUUUUCUAAGUGAAACAACAUGAUUCCAUUCUUUGGAGAUUUGUGGCUGGCUCACUCAUGGAAUGGGACUAAAACAGAUUACCGUGGUGGCAAUGGAUCCUACUGCUACAGCAGAGCACGGGGAAGUACUGUGCUUCAAGGUGUAAGCUUUGGUGGAGUCCCUAUUGUCCUUCUGCUCGAUGUUACUUGCUUUUUGGUAAGUUAUUUUUAGGAGUCUCAGUUUUUGCAGAUAACUGCCUCUUAUAAAAUCCCCAAGUUCUCAAAACAAGGUCUGAGGAAGGGCCUGGUGGGGCAAUGGUGAGGCUCAAGAAGUAUGGUCAGUGUGCCACGUCAAUUGAGCAUGUGUGUUAAGACAAGUCCCAGAAUCCUCUGCAAAAAAGAGAAGCUCUAUGGCGGAUAUGUAGAAAGUGUUUCCUGUGAAUAAGCUGGACUUAAUGUCCAAUCCAAUAGGGCUUGUGUUCUUAAGGGUGAAUCAUCAUGUAAUUUAAAGGUAAAGGGACCCCUGACCGUUAGGUCCAGUCGCGGACGACUCUGGGGUUGUGGCACUCAUCUUGCUUUAUUGGCCGAGGGAGCUGGCGUACAGCUUCCAGGUCAUGUGGCCAGCAUGACUAAGCCACUUUUGGCGAACCAGAGCAGCGCACGGAAAUGCCGUUUACCUUCCUGCAGGAGCAGUACCUAUUUAUCUACUUGCACUUUGAUGUGCUUUCGAACUGCUAGGUUGGCAGGAGCAGGGACCGAGCAACGGGAGCUCACCCCUCGCAGGGAUUCAAACCACCGACCUUCUGAUUGGCAAGCCCUAGGCUCUGUGGUUUAACCCACAGCGCCACCAUCGUCAUGUAAUUUAACCUGCUGAAAUAGAUGAAUCCUUUGUCUUGCACAAAUGUUUUCCUUCCCUUCAGACAGACUGUGCUGCAAGAUCUGGCUUGUCCUGACCAAUAAAUAUAUAUGGAGGGGAUGCAGAAUAAGUGUGUGGUCAUCUUUGGAUAAUAGGAUUUGCAGCACUUUCCUUUUUUUUAGUCUCUUUAAGAUGGAAGCAUAUGGUAGUUGCCAAACUAUAUUUCAGAGUACCAUGUCAGAAUUACCGUAACAUGGGUUUGUCUGAAUUCUUUCUUGUCAAGCUUAAGACGGGUAUUUCCCACCCUUCACAGCACAUGUUUUAUUCUUUUUUCUCUAAAAAAGGCCCUGUCCAAUACUAGCCAUAAGCUACGGUACUUUCUGGUGUUACAACAAUAAAAAUCCAAAGUUUUUGUCAAGUAUGAAAAAUUUGGUCCUGGUGCUCUUUUGGCGCUGUCAUAUCUGAAGCCAGCUUAUCAUGAAAUAACGAAACCUUAUGCCUCUGAAUGAAUAUUACUUCUUUUCUUUUAGAUUUUAUUGUUGGUAUUUUCUUUUAUAAGAAAAAGAUUCUGGGAUUAUGGUCGUAUUGCCCUGGUAUCAGAAGCAUUGAGGUAAAUGUUUAUUUAUAUAAUGCAUUUGCUUAUUGCAUUAAUAUUCUUCUCCAAGGAACUCGAGGUGGUGUACAUACUUCUCCCCUCCCCCACUUUAUCUUUGCAGCAACCCUGUGAGGUAGGCUAGGCUGAGAGGCAGUGACAGGCCCAAGGUCACCCAGUGAACUUCAUGGCCAAGUGGGGGAUUUGAACCCCAGCCUCUCAGGUCCUAGUCCCAACACUCUUAACUGCUACAGCACACUGGCUCUCAAGAUGAAGAAAACAUGAGUGUCAAAAUGUUACAGUGCCCCCCACAGAACAUUGGUAGAUACAGAGGGCAUAGUGCCAUGCUGUUGGUGACCAAGGGUGGUAUCCAACAAAAAAGUAGCUAUGUUAGUGCAAGGACUUCUGGCUGUGUGAUGCAACGUAUCAUUUCCCUUCUCUCGCCAUGUGCCCCUGCCCCCCAGAGCAGACUUGUAGGGAGUGUGUGAGCAGAGAAACUUACUGCCCCAUGUAACACUUUGGUAUACAGUGGUACCUCAGGUUAAGUACUUAGGUCCGUUCUUAACCUGAAACCGUUCUUAACCUGAAGCACCACUUUGGCUAAUGGGGCCUCCUGCCGCCGCCGUGCCGCUGGAGCACAAUUUCUGUUCUCAUCCUGAAGCAAAGUUCUUAACCCGAGGUACUAUUUCUGGGUUAGCAGAGUCUGUAACCUGAAGCGUAUGUAACCUGAAGCGUAUGUAACCCGAGGUACCACUGUAAUAGGCAUUGUCAUAGACCACAAACACCAAUAGUUCUAUGAAUUACAAAGAGGAGGAACUGUGACACUAAGUACAUUAUUAGGAAUUGCUUCAGUAGUGGGGGUUUUUUUAUAAUAAAAAAGUGCAGCAUAUGUGUGUGUGGUGUGUGUGUGUGUGUGUGUGUGUGUGUGUGUGUGCAUGUCUGUGGUUCCCAUGAAAAUUACCUGGUCAUGCAUGCUGUUGAUUAAAAAAGAAAAGCCCAUUGUCAACGAUGAGUUUAGAGCAUUACACCUAGUUUAGCCCUGGAGUACAUACUUUUUUAAAAUUUGUGAAACCACUGUUUCGUUCAAAACUUCUCUUGAGCCAAACAGCUGUAUAAGACUAGAUCUUUAGGAAGAAUCGGUGAAUGCAGGGCAUGUUUGUUUCUUGCAGUGGCUGAAACAAUGCUUACUUCCAAACGUGCCCAUUUUCAGUUGCUGCAAGCUGAGGUCAGGGUUUGCAGAAAAUAAAACAGCACUUUAAUUUUAAUAUGAAGGUUUUGCAAAGGCUGUUCUUGCUCAAAACCUCUGUAGCAAAACUGAAGGGGAACAAACAGCUACAAUGUGUAAACGUGAAUUGGGAGUGAAGGAAGAGAGAAAUGUCAAGACAGGUGGUGAAGAGUUAACCUAAGGACACGGAAGAAGGAAAGAAUCAUACUACCUGAAACUUACCAGAAUGUUGUCAGUUUCAUAUUUGAAGGGCGAGGGGAGAAGUCUUUGUGUAGCUUCCCCCAAGGCUGGGUUGCAUCAUGGGUUAUUUAGAAAGCUAUACCCUCUGCUGAAAUAGGGGAACAUGCCAGCAAGGGAAAGAAGAACAGCAAGCAGACUUCCUUGACCAGCUUUCUGGUGACAGAUCCAAAAGGGAUAUUCAUGUUGCCCAUUGUGGAAUCUCACAACAUUUGCUGCUGUGCACUUCCAUGGUGGUUGUUUUAUAAGGGUGCACACGUUGGUAAAGAAAUAGCUGCAUGAAUUCCCAGUUGGAAAAAAUUGAAAUGGAGGGUAGGUAUGUAAUUCCUGAGCGGUGGGGACAUGCACACACCACAUGAAUACUUCUCACGGACCUCUCACUAGUUUGGAUGGGAUCCAUUGGUUUAUUUGGGAACAUCCUUGCACCAAUGGGCUUGUGGAAAUACUGGAUCUGAGCUAUGUAUUGUGUCACAGUGUCUAGAAAUGAAGAGACGGUCCUCUUAGUCAUGGAAUGAGAUCUAGAAAAAUAUUGCUUUGAGGUCUUUUUUCGGGAGCAAAGCAUUAUAUUGAUAUGAGAGUUAAUCAUUUCUACAGAACAGAUUCUACAGAACUCCCCCCUCCCAAUUGUCUAAAAUGUUAUUCAUGUUUUCACUAUAGUAUGCUUUCCUCCUAACUAUUUGUUUCUUUUCCCUUUGGAGUAUUUCUGUUAGCUGCUUUAUUUGAGCUUCUUUUAAAUAUGCUUUUGAAUUUUAGCAACUGUUGUUAAGUCUAGUAUUCUAAUUUUGAGGUCUUCCUUUGUGUAUUCUAGUGAUACCACUGUAUCUGGUGAUUUAGCCAAUCCUGAUGAUUUGGACCCCGAUGAAGUCAGUAGUAUUUUGCAUUAAGUAUUUUGCAUUUUCUUAUUUCCCCACCCCCAAAAAAGCCUUCCAGUUACUUUGGGUAUUCUCUGAAAUAUUGUGUCCUGAUAUUAUUAGGAGGCUUAGGACCAACCCAAAGUGUUUUCCCCCUGUAAAAUAAAUUACAAAUAUAAAUUUAUAAUUUGAUCAUUCUGCCUCCUACCCAAGCAGGAGAAUCGGAGAGCUUUUGGGUGCAGGAGCUGUUUCUGCUCAUGCAAAGGGGAUAGCUUCUAAUUACUCCCAGUUUCCUGUUCCAAUUUGCAGCCUCCUGCACAGCAUCACAUGCCAUUUUGGAUAGCCCCACAACCCCAAGAGCAGCUUUUCAGGGAACACUUGGAUCCCACUCGUUCAAAAAAGAAUAUUUCUGUUUCUUCUAGGGUUUUUGUUCUUGGAUGAUAUCUGCCUUUCGAAUGAGGUGAGCACGCAAAGUAGCAGAGAUCUGAGUGCUCUUUAUGCUAUACAUUGCUUAAUAACAGUUUCUUAGCAAUUUUGGAAACAGAGGGCUGUACAUUUUUAAUGUUCUAUGCUUUAUCAUUGCAGCAAUUGGAUUUUGGUUUGCCACCUUGAGAAUUAUUAAUUAUAAGGCGGAAUAGAAAGCUUUUAUAUGAAAUGCAAGAAGGGACAGCACUAUGGUUAAAAUGGUUAGAAAAACAGUUAGUAAGCCCACAGCUUUGAAAUAAGAUUUGAAUUGUGUUAUAUAAAGGCAUUUAUAAAUUUAAUGUGUUUUUUAAAAAAAUCUCUGAUUUGUAUCCCAGUAUGUGUGAUUUCUUUUUUUCCUUUUCUUUUAAAAAAAGGCUAAUCCAUUAUUAUUUGAAGCAAGCCUACACAGUUCUUUGAUCUUUUACCAUCUUAACAGCUGGAUAGACUGGCUGUGAUGACACAAGUCCCCAAAUAAAAAUUCACUAGGGAAGGAUCAUUAGAUCUUGCUGUUGACUCAUUUAUAUGAGCUUGCCAAGAAAAUCUUGAUUCUAAGUUUUUAAGAUGUUCUCAAACGUAGGAAGUGCAAGCUUCCUUAGGGACUCCACUUUCGGUUUCCCACCUCUGCAAUUUCUCUCAUUUCAGGAAGCUUUUUUCCAGUUAUAAUGAACAGUAGUGUACUUCUGCUUCUCAUUAAAAUGGUUUUCAGGAUCACAGAUCUUACCUAGAGCUCUGUGCUUUGCAGUAAAUACUGUCAUGCUUAAGGGUUAGAUUUAAUGUUGUUACAGAACUGCCAACCUUAUGAUGACAAUUAAGAAAAUACCCUUCUAUAAUAGUUAGUUGAUUUCUGAUUUUAAAAUUUUAUAUGGUUUUUAUGUAUAUUGUAAACCUCUUUGUUUUCUAAAAAAUAAAUAAACAAAUGAAAUUAUGUAUCUCUGAAAUAAGAGGAAAUAAUUUUCAGGUUGGUAUAUUGAAAUUGUGUAAUGCUGUCCAGCUCAAUAGUUUUUCAUGUCAGUAUUGCUGGGUUAUAGAGUAAGGAAAGCUGUCCUGCCCCAUUACAAAAACAUUGAAUUUAUUUAUUUUUAUUGUGUUUACUGUGUCUUUCUGCAUCUGCAGGAUAUUGUCUUUAGUGUGAUAAUUCUGUUCAAAGGUUUAGCUGUAUUUCAAAUUGGCAUCUGCUUUUAGUUGUGCAAAUAAUGCCUCCGUAAUCCAAUUUUUAAAAAGUUUUUCAUUCCGUAUAGAAUUGAAUAAGGAGAAAGCACUCACAUUCUGUAAAUUGUAGGCAGUGGGCCAAAUGCCAGUUGUUCUUUCCAUGUGGAUGUGCUUUUGUUUGAACCAGUUCAGCAUCUUUUUACUGCCUAGCCUCUUUUGCUUCUGUAUCCAUGUGACCUUUUAUGAUACCACCAUAUUGCACAACACAGUGUAUUUUCAGUCUUUAGCUGCAAUGCAAUCCUUAGUCAGCCUUCUUCUUAAGCAUAUGCCCACCUUUGUAAAACUUGGCAACUGACCUGUUCUGUUAUUUGUGGUGCAGCGAUGAAGAGAUUCGUGUAAAAUGUGGGGAUGAUGCCAUUACCUAUCUCGCCUUUCAGCGCCAUCUCAUCUGCCUGCUGAUUGUAGUCAGCAUGCUGUCUUUGUGCAUCAUACUUCCUGUCAAUUUAUCAGGCGACUUACUUGGUGAGAACCUUUUAUGACUUGGUGUUUCGUGUCACUCUUAAUGCCUUGAUGAGCAGGGCUCGCUUAUUCUUACGGGGCUUGGUUAGAAAAUCUCUGUAGUGGGUCCAGUGAUUAAAGUACUCUUAUGUAGGUGGGAUAUAUCAUAGUUAUUUCAUUUUCUCCGGAAAACAUUUGGGCAUCUGGUAAAACCUCUAUUGUGGCCUUGACAAUAAAUUACUGCUUCUGUAUUGGAGUAGCACAUCUGUGUUGAUGAUAGCCUAUUACUACUCCAUGGAGAGUAUAAACAUAUGCAUUGGUAUUCAGUAACUAGACUAAGGUUUUUUUUGCCAAGUAUAUUAGAGUCUCACAAUGUGUCUAGAUUAGCUGGUGUAGGUAGUUUUCCUUCUGAACCAACAGCUCUGGCUUGGAACACAUCCUAGGCUGUUUUAGCCAUUCUGUUCACAGUUGUGGCCACUGAAAAUGUAAGAAUUCCAUGUCUCAGCAUACCAAAGAUAAUGGCUAUGAACAGAGCUAAACAGUCUUUUAUCCCAGGAUGACACAAAAAGUGAGUCAGCAACUCCUAAUAAUCCCGAGGCCUCUUUCCAUCACUUUUUAAACUAGCCUGUGUUUACAUGACCAAGGGGGUUUGAAAAGUUAAGGGGUGAUUAAGUUGGCAAAAAGACUACAUAAGAAGAGGAUUGUAUAAUGCAUAAAAAUUCAAUGGAACUGAAAGUGGUACGCUCAAAAUCUGUCUCUUUUUACAUGCGAUGCUUAAGGUGCUGGAGCUUGUAGGUAAGAAAUCAAUAAAACUAAGAAGGCAUGUUUUUUUAAAAUAUAUAUAUAUAAAUAUAUAUAUUAUUAUAAUAAUCAAUAUCUCUAGCCAGAGUUUGUGCUUUCUCUGUCUUUUAAAGGAACCCAGAAGCUCAUUUUUAGCAUGUAUUCUUUCUGAGAUAAUAUCAUAGGAAUCAGAAUGUUUAUACCAAAUGGUUAAAAAUAAUAUCCAAGUGGUGGGCCUAUGCUAUUCCACAGUGGCAAAGAAAUUAGAACCCCCUACCUACUCCUCAAACAGCAGAAGGGAGUGGUGGCGGCUUGCUCCUUCUGCCUCUUUCCUUUAUAUUUCCUUGGGGGAGGGGGAGGAGAGUGUUUUCUUCCUUCCUAUGUGAUUUUUAGGCUCCAAAAGGUGCUACAUAACUGUUGCUAACCUAAUGGGCCUGGGAUAGGUUCCUCUGUGGAAUCUGGCAGAGGGACCCAACUGGUGCAAGCCUGCUUGUUUGGAGUUUGUCUGGGGUGGGAAGGUAUUAGCAGUGGGAGAAUGGCCGUGUGUCCAGCCCUUCCAAGGAAAGGGUGAGCACAGAGAUGGAGGAUAUAUAAUGACGUCAAUGGAUUUUAAGGUGGAGGAGAGUGAGUAACAGGUUAUCUAUUUCUUUCCUCGCUAACUCAAUGAGUCCUUCAACUUGGCCUGACUUGUAGUGCAUGUGUGCUGAUGUUGCAUGCCGGAUUCCCAGUGACUUGAUCUUUGAGCACAUGUGAUAGCUACUGCAAUGCUUUAGGAUAUGAGGCUGGGGGUCAUUUCUGCCCCAUUCCUCCAUUAUUUUGUACGGCUGGAAGGUAAAACUCGAGUCUUGCUUACUUACCCUUGACUGUAGCAUCCCUGGUGUGUAUACUGAUGACAUGUUCUAUACUAAUAAUGAUUUUUAUCUGUAUUACAAACUGCUUUGAGAUUUAUAAAUGAAAGCAGUAUAUAAGGGUAGAACUAUUAUAAUAAAUCAGUGGUAAUGUUAUAGUGAUUCAAGAGCAUUUUGUUCUUUUUAAAAGAAUUAAUUCAAAGUGUGUAUUCUGCGCUGUUGUCCUGUUUUUCAGAUAAAGACCCUUACAGCUUUGGCAGAACUACUAUUGCAAACCUAAGAGCAGGGUAUGUAACUAUUGAGAUGUUAACAUCAUAUAUGUAUAUUGUGUAUGUACUGUAGUAUCUACCUGAGUCUCACAUUCCUUGAUUUUACCACUUGGGGACUUCCCCCCUGCCAUAUAAGUAAAAAGCAAGUAUUGUAUGUAAAGCAGGCAUGGCAGAACAAGAUAUACGGAAAGUGUACUGCAUUUUACUUAUCCCUGGUUUGAUUUGGAAUAGACUUGGGUUGCUAUUGGAAGUACUGUGGGGUCUAAAUGCUUCUUCCUUUGCCCUCAAAGUUAAGGGCCCUUCAGGUUGACCUGUUUAUUGCGCUUUCAUCCUGAAACAUGCUUGCACAAAGCUUACAUGGAUUUUGGGUUAUAGGUAAUCUUUCUUGAGCAUUCUCAAUAUACAUUUUUAAUAUAUUUAAUAUACAUACAAAAUAUACAUUUUUUAAAAGACACGUGUCCUGUAUGGUUUAAGGGGAGGUUGUAAAAGGUAACAUAGUCAGUCUUAUGAUUGCUAUCCUGCCUUGCUGACCACUAAACAGUCAUAAAUUGAAUAGUAGCUUAGGCAAAUGUUAUACUCCAGUCAUUUCACUUCUAAUACAUCAAAACUUGUGUUCCACAGCAACAGUCUUUUCUGGCUGCACACUAUUUUUGCUGUUGUGUACAUGAUUUUGACCGUUGUCUUUAUGAGACAUCACACUCAAGCCAUCAAAUAUGAAGAAGAAAGCAUAGUAAGUUUCUAUAUUCUUAAAAAUGUGUAUUGCUACUUCUCCUAGUGUAAGCUAACCUAAAACCAGAAAAACUACCCCUUGACAAAUAAUGUAUGCACAUUUCUGAUUUGCUGGGUUGUGGGACAAGUCUGCAAAACAGAACACACACAAAACCAAGAAAUUUGGUGGAGCUUGUAUUCCGUUCUGUUACAGCUGGGGGCGGAAAGUGGUUUUUUUUGUGAACGGGGGGAGGUCAGACUUGUAAUCCUUGUUUUUUUCCUCCUCUUCAAAUACACACAGUCCAACUUGAAAUAUAUAAUAAUGUGUCUCUUUUCUGGCUUCUUCCCUAGUUCAGAGUCUCUGAGAAACUAAUAAUUUCUGUUCUGUAGGUAAAACGCACAUUGUUCAUAACUCAUCUUCCCAAAAAUGCCAAAGCAGCAACCAUAGAAAAUCACUUUAAGUAAGUAAAAGAGAGAGAGAGAGAGAGAGGCUGAAUUUCUAUUUGAGCUUAUUUUUCUUUGUUUAAAGGGUCCUUGUAGUUUUAAGCUCCCUUAAUGAAAUACAUAACUAAGUUAUUGUUUAAUUUUACCUACAGACUAUUAUUAAAAAUUGAUUUGCAAAGCCUGCUAAAUGUAGGUCUUGAAUUUAGUGUCUACCCUAGCUGUGUUGUGUGUAGUGACAGCCAAGCAUUAAUAAGCUACUAGACUUCCUUCUUAAGAAGAGACCUUGUCCAUAUUAGCUGGCACCAGGGGUUAGUCCUAUCUACCCACCCACUACAAGAAAAACUGUAAAAAAAGAAAAAAUGGGAGGGGGGAGGCUAGCUGGAAUGGUACAGAAGAGCAAGAGGCACUGUAUCUUGACAACUUUGUAAACUUGUGCCAGCAAUUAAUUUUAAAUUGGCAUAAGAGGGGGUCGAUAGAGCAGUCAGAGGAGAGCUUUCCAGCACUUGGCUAACUGCUUUGUAUGGAAUGUCACUACAACCUGUGGAGCCAAUGGAGUAUAAUUUUUUGUUGCCUGGCACCAUGCUUUCACCUGUGCGGUGGCAAUUUUCCUGAUUAUCCAAUGCCUGGAGCAAUAUUAUUUGGGCAUGAUAAACUGGCUCCUAGGAAGCAUUUCCUGGUACAUUUCAUUGUUCUCCAGAUUUAACUUCGUGAAUUAAUAUUUGGGUUUUAGUGGUGGGGUGAAAUCUCUGUUCAGCUUCAAGUAGAUUUAAGUAAAACAGCUUUUUGGGGGGAGGGGGGGAACCUCACACACCCAGAAAAACAUUAGAUUAUAUUCUGAGGUUUAGCUCUAUUUCACCCCCAGUGACAUAACCAGGAGCACAAUGGGGGCUGAGCCCAACUACAAUUUCCCAAGUUUUAAUUUUCCUCCUCCCCACCCUUGUGCUCCCUUCCCAUGUCACCCGAAUGUGGGUAGCCUUCAUUAUUCCUCCUUCACUGACACAGCAGGAGCCCAGAACCCUGGAAAGUGUAGUUUGCAAGGCUGCAGUAUCAUGACCAGGGAAUUUGGUAGGCCAUUUAUGGCACCUGGCAGUAGCUAUUGCAACAGUAUUCUAGGGGUCCUGUACCUUCUAGGCUGUGAUAGGAGUGUCCUCCUUCUGGCACCUGCUACCAAAUCAGUUUUUAAAGAGUGUUGAGGACAGCAAGUCUGUGCUUCAGACGACUUUGAGCCCCAUUCACAAUAGGCUUGUGUUAAAAUGUCUAAAUUUAUAUUCUGAGCCUACUUAUUUUUAAAUGCAGUGUUUGUCACCAUCUUAUUACAGUUUGUAAUUAUCUGUUUCAUCCUUUUGCAGUGAAGCGUAUCCAACCUGCGCUGUACAAGAGGUCCAGUUAUGUUAUAAUGUGGCCAAACUCACCUCUCUCUACACAGAAAGGUACCUGCAUGAAAAAUGUCCUGGUGAAACUGCAUUCACUUCAUUUUAAAAUGCGUUAACAGCAAAAUGAUCUGGUGCUGGAGAUGAUCACCAGUACCAGGCUGCUGGCAUUAUCUUUGCUGUUGUUAAGAAUAUUUCAGCCUUGCAGAAUCAAUCAUGAGAUACUAUUAGGUUUUGCAUACAGAAACAAUAUUUUAGCAAGAGAAAGUUAUAGUUUUCUAUACAGAGGUACAAGUGACUUUUACCACAUGUAGCCAUAAUGUCCCUACAGCUUUUCUUAACUCCAGUUCAGUUUGUGGUUCCUGAAAUUGCAAAGCAGUAUGUUGGGGUUUGGGGAUUGAGGAUAUCCAGGUUCAAAUCUCUUAUGAGGCGAAGAAGCUCAGCGUAUGAUCUUGGGCCAAUUGCUGUCUCUCAGCUUUAGUCUAUACUAGAGGAAUAUCGUGAGGGUAAAAUAAGAGAGCCUCAUGGAUGACUCCUUGGGGAAGGGUAGGACAAAAACAUAAUAUAUACAGAAAUAUAGAACAUGAUACUUCCACAUUAUAGGAACACCAUUGGUCUACAUAGUGCAUACCUGCAAGAUUUGGCAUUCAUAAGCUGAUACAAGUUUUAGAUCUUUAGUACACAUGUUGCAUUAUAUGUAUGUAUUUGGGCUGUUCUGUAACUCUUACUUAUAAAAAUGUGUUUCUAAGAUGGGCACAUAGUUUUGAGGAAUUAAUCUGUUUUUGCAUCAUGAAACCUUAUGUGUUUGUGCCCAGAAAAAAGGCAGAGAAACAUGUGGCUUAUUAUACACAAGCGUUUCAGAAGAGUGGUAAACGAUGUCUCAUUCACACAAAAUGGUUUGGCCAGUUCUGCUGUUGUGAUGUCAGAGGUUGCAAAAAGGUAAAGAGCCUGUUUUAUUACUUGUCUUAAAACUGUGUGGAAGAUAAAAUGCUUUGUAGCUUUUGUAUAUGAUGUCUCUGUUUAAAAAAGGAAAAGCUUAAUAUAUAAAAAGUGAAAACAGUACUAUUUCCAGAUCUGAACUGUAAGAACUAUUGAACACUGUUUUUGUAACAGAAGCUUCCUUUCAACAGGAGGAUGCUAUAGAUUACUACACCAAGGUUAGCAAUAAAUAUUUGAGCGAAUAUUUGAAAGAGGAAAAGCUAAUUUAUGAGAAGCCACUGGGAAUGGCUUUUGUAACAUUUGAGGAGAAAGGCAUGGCAACACAGUAAGUGUUUUGUUCUUUUAAUUCAAUAUGGUCAUCAAAGCUGAAUUAUUUACACUAAAUGAAACACAAACCAAUCCCAGUUCACCCCACCCCCCGCCCAAAACCAUUCAUGCAUCUGUUUAAAUACCACAGGAAGUCAGCAGAUGGAACUCAGAGUACAUUGCCUUUUCAGCUCAUCUGAGGUUUUUCACCCAUUCCUCUCCUCACAUUUAACUAAUUUUAGCUGGCAAUUGACUUUUGUCUUAAUCAAACAAUGAACCUCUUCUGUUUGAACUGCAUUUAUCUGAAAGACCUAAGGAUACAAAUUCCAGAAGAGUUUCUGUAUUAAUUUUUUGGCAGUGAAAACCACAACAAGGUUGUGAAUGAUAUUUAAAGUAUUUGCAGCCUGAAUGGCCUACUCAGAGUUAGAUUACUUUUAUAUGUUAUAACUUGUGUCUGCAUACACAGUUUUAAUCUAAGAAACAAUAUUGAUUGUUACCCUCUGGUGGCUGUGUGGCAUUGAAAGGUUACGCAGGGGUUGCUUUGAUCAUGCAUAGUAACUUUCCUUUCAGUUUCUCUGUACAUUAUCAAGUAAUUCCAAGUAUGAAUGCUGAAAUACUUUAUUUUAUUGCAGUAUUCUUAAAGAUUUCAAUGCCUGCAAAUGUCAAGGCUUUAGGUGUGUUGCAGAACCUCAGCCAUCAGCCUACAGCAAGGAACUCUCUGUUUCAAAGUGGAAUGUUGCAUAUGCUACUUAUCCAGAGGAUAUCUGUUGGUAACUUUAUUAUUAUUAUUAUUAUUAUUAUUAUUAUUAUUUAGAUUUAUAUACUGCCCUUCACCAUAUGAUCUCGGGGCAGAUCACAGAAUAAAAUACAGGAUAAAAACAAGUAAAUAAUUUAACAAAACAGCAAAACAAUAACCACCCUUCUCACAGUCAUGUUUAAAAGGGAUAAGGCAUCACCCUGCCUGUUAUUUCCUACUUCAAAUCAUGCCUCUUUCUUCCCUGCCCCAUGCUUUGUACUUGUUUAAGCAACAGGUACAUCUGUUAAUACCAUUAUUGCAAAGUAUAGAAUACUUGCUGAUCUGCUGUGUCUUCUCUCUUGCAGGGAAAAGCUCUCAGUUCAAGGGGCGAAGUGGUGGUUUCUUUGGCUUAGCAUCAACUUGUUCCUGUUUAUUGUGCUCUUUUUCUUGACAACCCCUUCCAUCAUUAUCUCGACAAUGGACAAGUUUAAUGUAACCAAGCCUAUUCACUAUCUUAAUGUGAGUAGCCCAUUACAUUCCGGUUUCAUUCUCUGUUAAUGCCCUCAUGGGAAAACUCAGAAAGUGUAGAUGAGCUGGAAAUGGUACAGCCCUAUGUAACACCUCCCACAAAGAUUUUUUAGAGGGUUUUGCCCAGAAAUUGUAAUUAUGCAAACACUCUCUUUCAUCUUAAUCUUUUGUCAAAGUCUGUGUAACUCAGGCUUCCUCAACCUUGGCCCUCCAGAUGUUUUUGGCCUACAACUCCCAUGAUCCCUAGCUAGCAGUACCAGUGGUCAGGGAUGCUGGGAAUUGUAGUCUCAAAACAUCUGGAGGGCCGAGGUUGAGGAAGCCCGGUGUAACUGGCCAAAUCCUAGUCACCACCUCUGUAUUCUUCCCACAGACUAAGCCAUAUUCAGUGAGUUGGAUACCUUUCUUAAAAGCUAAUAUAACAGAUAUGCUUUCAGUUCAGUUGUUUUCAAGGUGACUAUAUAGAAAUGGGCUUCAUUGCUUUCUCUUUCCUCUCCAUCCUCACAGAACCCUGUUGUGAGCCAAUUCUUCCCAACACUCAUUCUGUGGUCCUUUUCAGCUUUGCUGCCAACAAUAGUAUUGUACUCAACGUUUCUUGAAUCGCACUGGACAACGUAAGAAUAUAUGUUCCUUUUUUGCUAGUUAAAGACCUCAAAAUUCUGUGGAAGGAAGGGUAUACAUACUUUAUAGAAAGUAGAACCGCAAAAACUAGCAGCUUCCAUUCCUCCCAAGUAAACACUGAUUUUUAAUGUAAACAUGCCAUAAGGCAAAGGUGAAGUUAGACAUUAAUCACAGAGUUGGAAGGGACCAUGAGGGUCAUGCCAUAUUAUAACAAGAGCCACUCUCUUUUCCCUAGGUGAGUUAACUAAUACAAUCUAUCAUGUUGUUUUUAUUUGUUUUGCUAAAGUUUCUAAUCAGGUGUAGUGUUUGACUUAUGGGAGUGUUCACUGAAAGACUGAAUGUUUUUAAGGUAGACCUGUUGUGACUAUGGAUUGCUUAUGGCAAGGAUAGGAAACAUCCAGAUUUUGUUGGACUCCAGUCAGGUCGAAGGUUAGGAAUGAUGACAGUUGUCGCCCAACAACAUCUGGAGGACCACAGGUUCUCAAUCCCUAGCCUACGGCAUUUAUUACAUGUCUGUCUUCCAUUUUUUUAAAAAAAGAAGUUUACCCUAUAUCAGACAAUCCCAGCAUGGGUAACAGCUUAGUUAAAUCAUUACAUUUCCAGGGAGCUGAAAACACAGCACUGAACCUCAGUAAUUAAAAACACCCAUAGAACCUCUCUUGGCUAUCAGUAGCUGGGCAGCUACAAUCCCAUACACGCAUGGGCAAACAGAUAAACGUUGGGGGCCAAAAUGCCACCAGCUUUAUUUCUAGAAGAAGAACAUUCCACAAUCCCCAAGAAGGCCCUAUCUUGUGUCGCUAUGCGCUGUAUUUCUCCUGGUAGUAUGGCAAUGAGAAAGCCUACCACGUAGUUUGAAGGGCAAAAGCAGGCUGAUUCAGGGGUGGUUUUUCCUUCAGAUACCUGUAUAUAUAAGACAAUACAGGCACCACAAUACCCAGCCCAGUAGAAUAUAGGCAACCAAUGUAGAUCUUUCAAGUUUUGCAUUACAGUGGUACCUCGGAUUACAGAUGCUUCGGGUUACAGACUCCGCUAACCCAGAAAUAGUACCUUGAGUUAAGAACUUUGCUUCAGGAUGAGAACAGAAAUCGCUCGGUGGUGGCAGCGAGAGGCCCCAUUAGCUAAAGUGGUGUCUCAGGUUAAGAACAGUUUCAGGUUAAGAACGGACCUCUGGAACGAAUUAAGUUCUUAACCUGAGGUACCGCUGUAUAUUAUCUUGGUAGACACUCCAGUCAGUGUUCUUGUCAGCUGCAUUCUGCACUAAUUGUAGCUUAAUUAAAGGAAUAACAUAAAAAAAUAGCCCCCCACAAGACACAUUUAAAAGGCCAUAGAUUGUUUAAUCAGCCGAAGGCACCGAAAGCUAUGUAAUAAGGGUGUCAGGCGAGCCUCCUUGGGAGAGCAUUCCACAAAUGGGAGGCCACCCCAGAAAAGGCUCAUUCUGGUGUUGCUGCCCUCUGGACCUCUCGUGGAAGGGGCAGCUCAAGAAGGGCAUAAGAUGAUUAUCACAAAGUCUGGGUCAGUUCAUAUGGGGAGAAGUAAGGUAAUUAAGACAUUGUGGUUCUGAGCUGUUUAAAGCUUUAAACCAGCACUUUGAAUUGGGCCCGCAUCCUAAUUGGCAGUCAGUGCAGUCGGGCCAAAUAGUAAAAUUUCAUUUUUUGUUACCUUUAAGAACUGGAAAGGUAGAAGGAAGACAAAGGCCCAUGUUUUAUAACAUAAGUAUACAACAUGUGAUUAAUAUUUUCUUUUUUUAUAGGUCUGGUGAAAACAGAAUAAUGAUGCAUAAGGUCUACACUUUUUUAAUCUUCAUGGUGCUAAUUUUGCCUUCACUUGGUUUGACCAGGUAAAAACCCAGGGCCGUAGCUAGGGGGUGGCGAGGAAGGCCCCUGCCAGGGGCACAGGUGGGGGGGGGGCCGCCGCCGCACAAAAUUGGCUUAAAAAUAUGUCCAUAAAUAUGUCUAUAAAUAAAAAUAUUGAUUAUUGCCUCAUAAGAAAAGGUGAAAGUGAAGUGCAUGAGGAAUUGAAUGGGUGGGGGUUGGAGGAGAGGCGGAAAGAAGAGCUAAUUUGUCCAUCGCUAGGGGGCGCAAUCUGGACGGUUCCCCCAGGGGCGCAAGAUCACCCUAGCUAUGGCUCUGUAAAAACCACAUUAGAAUCCCAGCUUUCUAGCUAAGACACUGGAUUUCUUUUGGUGCUGAAAUUUUUGGCGUACUAAUUACAUUAAAAAGUCGCUUUCAUGGAAAGCUAACUUCUUAAACUACUUACUUUGGCUUAUUUUAUUUCAUAUUAGCCAGUGCACAUGUUGAGGUACUACAGCAGGCAUAGGCAAGCUUGGCCCUCCAGUUGUUUGGGGACUACAACUCCCCUCAUCCCUGCCCGCUGGUCCUGUUAGCUAGGGAUGAUGGUAGUUGUAGUCCCAAAACAUCUGGAGGGCCGAGUUUUCCUAUGCCUGCACUACAGUGAUGUUUGUGUAAGCAGGGACAGUCCAUAUCAUUCCACAUCUGUGCUCAAGCCACAGAACAUUUCCACCUUCUUGUUGCUUUCUUAAACCAUAUUUCGUUUUGGUGUAGUGUGCAAUGACACUACACCAAAUGUAAGGACACAGUUCAUUACUUUUUUCCUCAUUGAUUUCAGUGGGACUUAAAGGCCAAAGCAGAGGUGGCACAGAAAGUCUUGGAUUGUUCUUUUAUUUUCUAACUUAAAAAGCAGCUGUGAGGAGAGGUGAUGGUCUUUUAUGUGCUGCUGGGAUGUGUUAACCAUUUCCCCAAGGUUUCCCCACCUUUCUUCCUGACAAUAUUCAGGCAUCUGUUCUCCCCCUCCCUCAAAUGAGGCAAUUUCAAGGGGUUCAGGGAAAUGGUAUCUGCAGAAAGAGCUGAACACCCCUUUCUUCAGCAUCCAUACCCCAAACAAAAUUGGAGGCCCUACAGCAGCUGCUUUUAAGUUUGGUUAAUGGUGUUUUAAUUAAAAAGUUGGGGUAGAUCCUUACACAGAUCUCCCGAGUCACAUCCGUUUUGACCUUUAGCCAUGUAUAACUUCCUCUGUUUUGUAGGCAAAUGUUCAAAACAAAAGGGUAACUAAAACUCUUAAAUAACAAUGAUGUGCUUAGAAUGACCCUUUUGUUCACGUGUUGGCUGUAGUGAAUUAUGGAGACUAAUGCUAGCAUAUUUCUUCUAGUCUCGAUGUCUUCUUUCGUUGGGUGUUCGACCGAGCAUCUGAAUCUAGAUUUAGAUUAGAGUAAGUAGCUAAGAUCCUUUUUCUACCUGCCCAGGGGCUUGUAUGUCUUCUAGAUACUGUGAACAACCCUACAUCUGUCUAGAAUAUUCAACCAUUUGCUUAACCUGCAAAAAUAAAUUACUCUGGGAGCCCAGAAAACAUUAUUGCAUUUUGUCUUAACAACAUUGUCCAUAAAGGAGUGACUACAGAAUCUAUUGGUUGAUGCUUACCUUUUCCUUAAACACAAAUUUUGAACUUUGACCUAAUAGAUUCAACUUAACAACAUCUAGAAUCUAGGUUAAGCAUGCAGCAUAUUUGGUACCUUCAGUGUCUCUUUUGCUUUCUGUACAGUUACACCCAACAUUUUACAAUAAAUGCAAUGCAUAUAAUAUUGAAACACUGAAAGAUGAACAGUUGUUUCAUUUGAAAGACUUUAUAGAAGUGGUAAAUCUGCUUUCUGGAGAAGAGAUUAAAGAGAGUCUAGAUGAUGCUUCCCUAGCUUGGCUGUUAUGGAGCCAAUUAUUGUUAUUUAUGUGUAUUAUCACUGAAAGACACAGGAAGGUUCAUAUUUAAAUAUAUGGAAGUUAAACGCAACAUCUUUUACUCUCUGUUGAAGUAGUCAUUGUAUACGGAAUAUAAAUUAUUACUCAUUAAUAUUAUACGAGCCACAACCUAGAAUAUGCUAUGGCAGGAGGACAAGCAUGCAUUCAAUAAAAUUAAACCAAAUUUAACUAUUUUCAAUUAAGUAAUUAUUUUCAAAAUAAGCAAAUUAUCAAGGAAAAUGCAAAAAAGGCAGCUAGAGCAAUCUGAAAGUAUGGUGCUUAGAAGCUGAGUGCCUGUCAUACAUAAAAUUCUAGUAGACAAAGGUUACAGGUGUAUUCCUGAUUUCAAAAAUAUGUGGUAUUAGAAAUGUGAUAUUCAAAUAGAAGUCACAACCUUGGAGUAAACACACAUUCUUACAUCAGCACAAGCUGGAGAGCUGGGUUCUUAAAUAAAUCAUAAAUGUUAUCUCAUAAACUUUCUCUUAUCAGUUCUGAAGCAUUUCCUUUAAGUCGGAGGGGUGCCAAGUGGUUGGCAACUACUGCCAUGUGCACUGUAAAUCCCCUAAGUUAAAAAAACCAACUUGCUUAAUUACUAAACAGCAGGUUACUCUCUCACCACAUUUGGCCCUCUGAGUUUGCUGCAUCACAAAUAAUUAUUAGUUCAUCAUCCAGUUGCUACUAGAACUGCUACUGCAAUUUAAAAUGGACAAUCUGCAAUUUUGGUUUCAGAAACUUUGGCAAACAACAUUGUUGGAAAACUUAAUGCAGAAAUUGAAAAUAGUUAAAUGUGGUUUAAUUUUAUUGAAUACGCAAUCAAUUGUGAGCAUGCUGCCAUAGCAUAUUCUAGAUAGAAGCAGUACCUCCUCUAUUACUCCUGCAUUUCUUCAAUGUUGGCUAAGUCUUUUCCUUUCUUUUAUUCAAACACAGUUUUGCCUUGUUAUUUGCCUCAUUGUUUCCAUUUAGCUACCUUUUCCAACUUAGUUUACCUCCCAGAGAUCGGGCAUACUGGGGCAUAUAAUGAGAUCUAGUAGAGUUCUCCCCAGAGCCGGCAGGGGUAGGGGAUGUUAACUGGUGACCAGAUGAGGUUUUGCACCUUCUUCUUCUUCUUCACUCACUUGUGUUUCUUCUUCUUCUAAAACUACGUGCAGGUGUGUCUUUUUGCCUGACCAAGGAGCUUUCUUUGUGAACUAUGUGAUUGCAUCGGCUUUCAUUGGCACUGGAAUGGAGCUGUUGCGUUUGCCAGGACUCCUGGUAUACACUGCUCGCAUGUUUAUGGCCAAAUCCAGUUCUGAGAGAAAACAUGUUAAGCAGGUAUGAAACCUAGACCUAUUGCACAAAGAAUUUUAUAUUCCUGUCAACAGUACGCAGCAACAUUUUGCAUCUCUGUUCAUAUGGGCUUCCGGCAUUCACCCCUGGACUCUGGUCGUCCUGAUAAUUUCAAUCUUGUUGGUGAUUCCCCAGCUUUUUGGUGGACUUCUGUUGGAGCACAGUUAAUCUCUGUAGCACAACACUCACUCAGUGUAUAUCGGCUCAAACACAUCAGCUUCACUCCCCCCCCUUUUUUUCUUUUAGGAAGCAUAGAAAAUCUUUCCUUCUAAGAACCCCAACAUUUGAAAGUAUUUACAGAUCUGGCUUUUAGUUUAACUUCGUAACGUGAUUCAGUUCUCCUGAGUAAAGUGGCGCUCUCUCAAUUGUCGCAACAAAUUUCUGGUGAUGCAACUGAUAUGUACUCAUGCCCCAAAGGCUGCUGAUGCAUGUCUGCUAAAGUGUCCCAUGCGCCACUUUUAAAAUAACUGGUGUAUGGAGAGAAUAAGAGGCAGAAUAUUGUCCCUGCAACACUUAAUGCAAAUGUUUUAUUUCCUUGUAGCACCAAGCAUUUCAGUUUGCAUUUGGAGCAAUGUAUGCGUGGACACUCUGUGUGUUCACCGUCAUCAUGGCCUACAGCAUCACCUGCCCCCUUAUUGUCCCAUUUGGUAAGUUGGCCAGUGUGCUGGAAUUGCAAUAGGACAAACAGGAGGGCUUGGUGGCUUGAAUAUAGUAUUGAGACUGAGAAAUGUAUGUGUUAUACUAGUUUCUGUGCUGGCUGACUUGUCACACAGGGUAAGAAAAGAGCGCAACAACUUAAAUCAUUUUGCUGCUCUCAAUGGGAACUUAGUGUAGUGCUGGUUAAUCUAAAUACAUGUUCCGCAUGCUUUUUAGGUUUGCCUUUAUAUUAUUCUUAGUUUCCAUUUGUAUACUUCUUGUUGUAUUCAUUAGUAUAGCAUAGCAUUUUUUGAUCUGAAAGGGGUUACGCAUUGUAGGAAGUGCAACAUGAGAAACAUUAAAAGGUCAACCUAGACCAAUAAGAAGACUAGGCUAUGGAUUUUGCGAAAAGGGAGUUACAAGCUCAUGAAACAACCUAUGAGAACAUAGCUCUCAGGUGUAGAUCAUACUUCCCAUAUAUUGCAAAUGUCCUAAAACAUAAGAUACUUUAAAACAGCACAGAAUAAUCGCAAGAAUAACUGGCUCAUCUAAAAAGGAAACUAAACAGCUGAAUAGGCCUGUCAGCAUAAAGUCUUCAAGACACUUAACAGCACUGAUGCCUGCUGGACAAAUAUUCUGUAGCACAGGGCUGGCAAAUUAUGGUACACCUGGUAUAAAAAUGUAUUUAAAAAAAGUAUACAAAUUCUUAUUUACGGUAGUGCCUAGUUUUAUUGCCUUUGUUUUCUGGAAUGUAUUUUUUUUUAUUCCUACAAAAAUCAUUCUAGAUGCUAAACAAAAUGUGGAUUCUACUGAAUGUAAUCUUUCAUGCCAGGGAUCCCAAAUAAUACAUAGCAGAAAACAAACAAACAACACCAGCUGAAUAUAGCAACAUACUUGGAAAGAUGUAUCUGAUCUUUGUUUCAGUUUGAUACAGCAAACAGGCACCAUUUUUGCCAACUGAAUUUUGGUUAGAAAUUGUGUGCUUUGUUUUUCUGUAAAAUCUGGUUUCCCAGAAACAAGCAUUGGUUUUUAUGUUUCAAUUAUAACAUAUUUAACACCCUUAUAUAAGCUAUGUGUUUGUCUUCUAAUAACAGUUAGGUUGCGGUCCUGCUUAUCUGGAAGUCAAGUCUCAUUGAACUUCUGAGGAGACAAGCAUGGCAUUUCUCCUCUUCUGAAUGGAGAUCCUGUUCUUUAUACCACCAAAAGUGUGGUGGUUGUGUUUUUCCUUUGCAAUUAUUAACUAAACAAAACCAUAGUGAAUUCCUCAAAUACAUGGCAACAGAAUGUUGAUAGUUCUUCACAGCUGAACAAACACGUUACUAGUGUGCAUCACAAAAUAAACACGAAAAAACAGAAUGUUGGAUGGGAUUUAAAACAACAGAACUUUGCUAGUUCACACAAUUUAAAGCAGAGACGUCUCGGUGGAAAGAGCACAUGCUAGAGCCUUUCCUCAUACCAUAUAAUGGCACCCCACAAGAGGAAGUGAAGCAUUUGUAUAACCUUAUAAAACUGAAGCUGCUAAUUUAUUCAAAGUCAGUAGCAAGAGUCUGGUAUUUUAUAUGCUGUUUACCUUUUGAUUCUUGGCAAUCACUGAGUCUACAGGCACAAGAACAUUUGGGUGCCUUGGCUUGUAUAGAACAAAGGGGACAGUUAACAUCUUUAUGGUUCUAUGGUGAGCAAUGGCAGCAGAAAAAAACAUUUUUGUAACUCUGACAUUAUUUCCUAUUUUCAGGAUUAAUUUAUUUGCUUCUAAAGCAUACCGUUGACCGCCACAAUCUCUACUUUGCAUACCUUCCUGCAAAGCUAGAGAAACGAAUCCAUUCUGCGGCUGUGACUCAAGCCCUUGCAGCUCCAAUUCUCUGCCUGUUUUGGCUGUAUUUUUUCUCCUUUUUGAGGCUAGGUAAGUAUGAGUGGCGUGCAAAUGGUCACACUUCUGAGAGGCUUGUGUAGCAGACAAGUAGUGGCUUUUGUUGUACAUUGAUAUCUCUGUGCUGUGUGAGUGGGAGCAAAGGGCAAAGAUACAGCUGAAGUGUAGGGCUGCCGAUUCUGGGAACAGCUAAUGGUGCAGCCCCAAACACUGAGACCCAAGGACAUAGGCAGAUCUUCUAGCGCAGGGGUAGCCAGCAAGGUGCCCUCCCCAUGAUGCUGGACUAUGAACUCUCAGCGUCCCUGGCCAAGUUGCCUGGGAGUGUUGGAAGUCAGUCCAUCGAGCAAGGCCAGCCUGCCCAUGAGGCAGACUGAGGCGGGUGCCUCAGGCAGCAGAAUCCCAAGGGGUGGCAUCCCCACAGGUGCCUCAUCCACCCCUUGUCAUCGCUGCUGGAGAAUCCAAGAAGUGGCAGCGACUUCUAACGAGAUCUUCUGGAGAUCUUGCUGCUACUACUGCUUCUAAUGGUGAGGAGGGGCAUACUGUGUCAGGGAGAAGCGGCUGCAGCGUCUGGGUUUCAGCGAGAUAUGGCCAGAAACCAUAGCCAUGUCAGCCUGGUAAGCAAGGCUUCAGCGUGGCAGGGAGCCAGCUCCUGGGUAUUUCAACUCAAGCGGAGAAACAGGACAGUCGCCCUCGCCAUCCGGCAGAACCCUGUUCUAAUUUAAAAGCCAGAAGAAUGAUACUGUACAUUCCCAUAUUUCAAGAUUUGUGUGUGUUACCUGCUUGCUUGUGUGUGCUGCUGCUGAGAUUUCCCCACCCUCUUAUCUCAUUCCCUAUUUUAUUUCAUAUUUUGUAAACGUUUCUCCUUAGGUUUUAGAGCACCUACAACUUUAUUUACAUUCCUAGUUGUAGCCAUAGCAAUUUGUGUUUGCAUAGGCUAUACCUGCUUUGGCUGCUUCAAGUACCUCAGCCCUCUGAAUUAUAAGGUAAAUCACUCUUAUUGUAUCUGGGAGUUGCUAAUCAUUUCUGCUUCACUUAAUUUGGCACUUAACACUAAAUCCAAAGCCAGUUGAGCUACUUUAUUCAUUUAUUUGGUGGUUUUUGUAUGCCACACACUGUCAAAUAUGAUUACAGGGUGGGUUACAAUCAAAUAUAACACAAUUUAAACAAUAAACCGUUAAAGCAAUUACAUCAGUAAAGCUAAGUUCUGACUAAUUAAUAGCUUACCCUAGCUGUAAAUAUUUAAGUGUUAUGUUAAAAAAGGAGGGAGUUCUUCCUGUAUAGCUAUGUACUUGCUUCUUCGUGUUAAAUGAUAGAACUGGGAGUACUGGCAAACAGGAGCAAUACAGUUAAAUACUAUGUUUUACACAAGACUGGGCAUAUUUUCACAAAUUUUAAUAUUUGUUUGUCUCUUCUCUAUUGAUACUUGCAGACAGAGAAAAAAGAUGAAACGGGGACUGAUGCUAUUUCAGUAACAACAACUCGAAAAUCUGCUGUAAGCAUUUAUCAGAAAACAAUUAUUAAUUCUUCACGGGAAAGCAAGUUUCUUGCCAGGAAAGGAUUUGUUUGUAUCAGCAAGUUCUGUGGUGACAAAACACUUGCUUUGGUUGCCUUCAGGGCUAGCUGACCUAAAGUUCUUCGGUUGACAAAAUAUAUUCUUGCAUAGGUUUUAGGUGCAACAAAGACAUAUUUAGAAAACCCAUUCUCUACAUAGUAAUAGUGUUCAGAUAUGGCAGUCUUAUUUAGUUUGAACCAAAUAUUCCAAGUUUUGUCCUUAAUCAUGGGGGGAAAGAUUUUUGUAGAAUCAUGAAAUGCUGUUUCUCCUACUAAACACUCAUUUCUGGUUUAAGAGUCCGGAGAGGAACAAAACAACAUUCAGCCUCCAUGCAGGAGAUAGUUGGGAGAAAGAAAAAUAGGGGAUGAGAUAAAAAUAUUUGAUCCAUUUUGAAAUUAUCAUAUCUUGCCUCUUUAAAUUAUUCAAGAUUCCAAUUUUCUGCCGUUCCAGAUGUUUGUACCCCAUGUUCUACUGCGAUCUCCUAAUGAAAGGUCAGUUAUGGAUAAUUUGGAUCACCAGAACUAUGGCACCAUGGGAAAAACGUCUGUAAAAAGGGACGCCGUCAUUCAUGUCUCUUACCCUGAGGAACCCACUUUCUUUGGAGAGAUAUAAACGUGUGUCUCCUCGUCAGGGACUAACAUAAGGUGGCGCCCUUGGACCUCCGGAUUUCACAAAAUAUUCUGUGUCGCACAGUCUAUUUCUUCCAAAGGGAGCACUGAUCUGGGUUUCAUUUGCAGUGCUGAUUUUACAAAGUUGCCACUUUGGGUUUGGUCAUUUUUCUAGGUCGUUGCACAGAUUGUGGUACAUUUAUACUGAACAACAAUGCUCAGAGGAAUUAUUUAGGGUUUACUUGUUUGCCUUUAUGGAAAGAUGUGACUGUAUAGACAAAUGCUAGAUCACUGGGACCAAAAGAGUUGUCAAACAUGGCACCUACCUUUUGGGGUUUGGGUUUCAUUUUUUGGUUUUUAAAAUUAUGCCUCCUGAAUUUUAACCAUUCUGUUAAACACUUUUGGCUUAUGUCCAAAGGGCACUCCUGUUUUGAUAACAAAAAAAAGCCAAGCAAAUGUGAUCUGGGGAGCCCUCUGGUCUUCUUCUAAUGUUCCAGUUGGCUGAGGUGCUGCUUCUCUUUAAAAAAGACAGACUAUUUUUCUGCAAAUACAGUACAGAGAUAUGAUGUUCCAAAACUAUAGGAGAUGACAGAUUGUAUUUAUAUGAGAACUUUUAAGUAGGGGCUAAAUUUGUUAUUAUCUGGUCACUAUUUUAAGGGCUUCUUACAAGGGAAGUUUAUGAGCCAAACAAUAAAGGAUAUGAACAUUUUAUCACUUUUAAUCUCUCUGCUUUAUCAAACAAAGAUCUGCUUUAAGUGUCAAGAUUACCAUAAGUAUGUAAGACAUUUUUUAAAAUUAUGAAGUAGAUAUAAAUGUUUACCAAAAGCUAUGUUAAAGGAUAAUUAAGCAAUCACAUUCAAUAAAACACAAAUUCAGAUACAUUUUGGUGACUUAAGUGUAUUGAUUAUCACAAAACUUUAUGAAAUGUUCAGACCUACAGUGUUGGCAUAAGAAUGCCCACAUUUUGUGCCCUAAAAUUAUGCAAAUUAAGCAUGUUUCCUUUGCUAGUCUGCCAAUAUAUUUUACUUUUGCUAGCCAUGGGGAGGGGUAUAGGGCUAUGCAGUACACGGAAACCCACUCCCUAGCUAGUGGAAAAUCUG